CGGCCACAUUAGCGUUAGGAGGUUCCCUUGGCCAACAGAGAUCGCGUUCCGUCUGACGGGCACGAGCGGAUUUUCGGUUUCCCUCGCUGCGGAUGUGUUUAAUCUGGGGGGUUCCUUUGUCGACAAAUCGAAUUCAUCAGUUACCUUUCUUGUUGAGAAACUACAGAAGUGGCAGGAAAGAUUGAUCGACGGAAGACGAAAUGGAGAACGCAAAGGAGGAGACGAUAAAUAUGCAGCUGAUCGGCUCGGAGAGUCCGUACAAAGUUAAUAAUGAAAUCGCCGGAAGUGGUCUAAAUGCAUCGGAAGUCCCAAUAUCGCCGACUACAAACGUAGAAGACUACGACCCCCAUAAACAUCGAAAUAGGCCGAAUCCAACUUCAAACGCGGAGACUUUGAUACAUUUGCUGAAAGGAAGUCUUGGCACAGGGAUUCUCGCGAUGCCAAACGCCUUCUGCAACAGUGGGCUAAUUACCGGUGUUAUCGCCACAGUAAUCAUAGGGAUGUUGUGCACUUACUGCUUGCACGUACUAGUGAGAGCUCAGUAUAGACUGUGUAAACGGUUAAGAGUUCCUAUACUGAGUUAUCCGCAGAGCAUGAAAUACGCUCUCCAGGAAGGGCCCGGUUGUGUCCGAUGGUUCGCGCCCUACGCACCAGGACUCGUAGACGGGUUCAUGAUUGUGUAUCAAUUGGGAAUAUGCUGCGUUUAUAUCGUAUUUGUAGCGUCGAAUAUCAAGCAGGUGGCCGAUCAGUAUUGGGAACCGUUGGACGUUAAAACGCACAUGCUGAUUUUAUUGCUACCGUUGAUUUUGAUCAAUUACGUUAGAAAUCUGAAGUUGCUGGCGCCGUUUUCUACCUUGGCGAACGCGAUCACGUUCGUUGGACUGGCGAUGAUUUUAGUUUAUAUGUUUGACGAUCUACCGUCGCCUAGCGAGAGAGAAAUGUUCGGUACACUGAGAAAUUUCUCGCUCUAUUUCGGUACGACGCUGUUCGCGCUGGAAGCUGUCGGGGUGAUUAUAGCGCUGGAGAACAAUAUGAAGACUCCACAGUAUUUCGGAGGGUAUUGCGGUGUUCUGAACAUAGGAAUGACUGUGAUCGUCGCUCUGUACAUUCUCAUGGGAUUCUUCGGUUACAUAAAGUAUGGUUCCUUAGCGGGUGGUAGCGUUACUUUCAAUUUACCUUCGGAAGAAGUCAUGGCACAAAGUAUCAAGAUAAUGUUCGCCAUCGCCAUUUUUAUCACACACGCCCUUCAAGGAUACGUUCCAGUCGACAUUAUUUGGAACACUUAUCUAGACCAGAAGAUCCAUAAGAGGAAAAUCUUCUGGGAGUACGUCUGUCGGACGAUUAUCACUUUGGCCACGUUCACGUUGGCGAUCACCGUGCCCAGACUAGGUCUCUUCAUCUCCCUGUUCGGCGCUCUCUGUUUAUCCGCCCUUGGAAUUGCAUUCCCGGCGAUUAUCGAAAUCUGUGUAUUAUGGCCAGAUAAAGACUUCGGUCCGUGUAUGUUCAUGCUCGUGAAGAAUGUUCUUUUGAUCGUGUUCGGUCUGCUUGGCCUUGUCAUCGGUACAUACGUCAGCAUUGUUGACAUAAUAAACUCCUUCAAGUGAGACUCGCGGGCGAUUUUGGGCAGGAACGAUCGAAGGAAGGCAGAGAAGCAGAGAGAGAGAGAGAGUGAGAGAGAGAGAGAGAGAGAGUGAGAGACGACGAGGAGAAGGACGGGACACGCUUGUUCGCGUAAAUAGAAGACGCGCCGCGGCUUCGUCACGGUUUCAUAGCUUAUCGAGCGGCGCCAUUUUCUUAGAUAGACUGGCCGUGUUUGAAGCGGCCAAACGAGGUCCUUCGUUUCUUUUUAGGGGAAAUCCUGAGCAGCCAGAUGGUGAUGCUUAUUUCUUGUCCCGCGUGAUUCGCCGCCAUCGUUGUAGCGCACUUAGGCCGAGUUUAGAUGUUCCGUUAAAAUGUGCAAGGGUCGUGCGGUGCUGGGCAAAAGUGGUAUUACAGCGAAUCGAUUCGAUGGAGGUUGAAUCGUUCCGAGGUUUCUUUUCUCAUAGGAGAAUCAUUGGGCAGCUUUGUUGUUGUUAGAGUGGUCGUUGAUAUUUUAUAGUUGAUGCUAUGAGAGGUUUUUUCGGGUGAAAUUGUGUCCUUUUAAUGUGGUGCUUUCGUUGACUUCGGGGGGAGAAGGAAUGUUGUGAAAGGAUUGGUUGAUAUGUUGAUGGAAUGUUUAAUUCUGUGAGCCUCAAUGGAGCUGUGGAAUGUACCAAAAGGAUUGGUAUAAUGUUGAAGAAAUGUACCGAAAGAGUUGACUAUAAUGUUGAUAAAUGUUGAAUUUUAUAAGCCUCAAAGAAGGAAUGAUAGAACACCAAACGAAUUGGUUAAAACCUUGCUGAAAUAUAGAUACCUGUUAACUUCAUUCGAAGUGUAAGAAUAUAUUCAAAAAUUGGCUACAAUGUUGAAGAAAUGUUGAAUUUAGUAAGCCUCAGAGAAGGAAUGAUAGAACACCAAACGAAUUGGUUAAAACGUUGCUGAAAUAUAGGUACUUGUUAACUUCACUCGAAGUGUAAGAAUGUAUUCAAAAAUCGACUACAAUGUUGAAGAAAUGUUGAUGUUUAUGAGCCUCAGAGAAGGAAUGAUAAAGCACCAAACGAACUGUUAAAAUAUAGAUUCGUGUUAACUUCAACAGAAGUAUAAAAAUAUACCAGAAGAAUGUUAGCCUCGAAGAAGGCAUCAGAAUAUACGAAAAAAAAAAACAAUUUUCCAAAAGGACACAUCUUGCAUCCAAAUCCUCCCGAAACCCAAAAAAGGAAUUCUUCCAAGAAGACGAACAGCAUCGCGAACGCAUGAAACCAGUUAAAGUGUCUCCUUUUUGAAUUAGAGUCGCGUUAGGUCAAACCAAUAUCGUCCAUUAUGUAAUACACGCGUUUCUUCGCAAGAGGAGUGUCCUCGAACACGGUGCCUACGUAAACAAUUAAUGUUUAGCUCACUUUAGUCGCACUGCCUGAGAGCGCAACGCGAGUCGCUCCUUUUAUCCGAGAAAGUAUCUUAAAUAUAACAUAGUCUACUCGUAACGAAGCCAAGUAGAGACGAUUAAUAAACGCACAGUAAUCGUAGAUUGUUGUUAUCGUAGUUGAAUAAGUCGUGCUGUUCCCGUGAAUCUCUAAUUCGUAAAGGGACAAACCGAAGGAAAAUUUCUCGGAAAACCAUUCGACCUCCAUCGGUGAAUUUUUCAAGCUAGCAUAAUUCUCCGAGUAAUUACCAUUCCACGUAGUAAUCUUAAGCAAAGAAGGCGACUAUAGAACUGUAUUACAUAGUUGAAUCGAAUUGUACGUUAGGUUGAUUUGAAGGAAUUUAAUUUUGUGAAGAAAAAAGAAAACGCCCAGCACUGAACUUAGAGUACUCUUCGAGAAAGAAAACGACAAAAAAUCACAAAAAGAAAGGGUAAAAAAUGAAAAAAAAAA